CACACUGCGAAACGGCCGCCGCAUUUUUGAAAACAUGGCAGCCCAGAUGGCAACAACGAAGGUUCCGGAGGUGCGUGACAUCACCAGGAUAGAGAGAAUCGGAGCGCAUUCUCAUAUCCGUGGCCUUGGGCUGGAUGAUGCCUUGGAACCUCGUCAGGUUUCCCAGGGGAUGGUUGGCCAGCUGGCAUCCCGUCGGGCAGCGGGCUUAAUCCUGGAGAUGAUCAAGGACGGGCACAUUGCAGGACGAGCUGUCCUCAUCGCAGGCCAGCCUGGCACUGGGAAAACCGCCAUCGCCAUGGGUAUUGCUCAGUCUCUUGGACCGGACACACCUUUCACAGCUCUUGCUGGAAGCGAGAUCUUUUCUUUGGAGAUGAGUAAGACUGAAGCCCUCAGCCAAGCUUUUCGGAAAGCCAUCGGAGUGAGGAUCAAGGAAGAAACGGAGAUCAUCGAGGGAGAAGUUGUAGAGAUCCAAAUUGAUAGACCAGCAACCGGAACAGGCACCAAGGUGGGCAAACUGACCCUGAAAACAACAGAAAUGGAGACCAUUUAUGACCUGGGCAGCAAAAUGAUCGAGAGCCUCAGUAAAGAGCGGGUACAAGCAGGGGAUGUGAUCACGAUCGAUAAAGCCACGGGGAAGAUCACAAAGCUCGGCCGCUCCUUCACCCGAGCCAGAGACUACGAUGCCAUGGGAGCACAGACGCAGUUUGUCCAGUGUCCGGAGGGAGAGUUACAGAAGCGCAAAGAGGUGGUCCACACGGUCUCCCUCCACGAAAUCGACGUCAUCAACAGCCGCACACAAGGCUUCCUUGCCCUUUUCUCAGGUGACACUGGCGAGAUCAAGUCGGAGGUCCGAGAGCAGAUCAACGCUAAAGUGUCCGAGUGGAGAGAGGAGGGAAAGGCUGAAAUCAUACCAGGGGUGCUCUUCAUUGAUGAGGUGCACAUGUUGGACAUUGAGUGCUUCUCCUUCCUGAACCGAGCUCUGGAGAGUGAUCUGUCUCCUGUCCUCAUCAUGGCCACUAACAGAGGCAUCACCCGGAUCCGAGGGACAAACUACCAGAGCCCUCAUGGCAUCCCCCUGGACAUGCUGGACCGCCUGCUGAUCAUCGCCACCUCCCCCUACACAGAGAAGGAGACUCGGCAGAUUCUCAAGAUCCGGUGUGAGGAGGAGGACGUGGAGCUGAGCGAGGAGGCCCACACGGUUCUGACCCGCAUCGGGCUGGAGACCUCCCUGCGUUACGCCAUCCAGCUGAUCAGCACGGCCGGGCUGGUGUGCCGCAAACGCAGAGGAACAGAAGUGCAGGUUGAGGAUAUCAAGAGGGUGUAUUCACUCUUCCUGGAUGAGUCUCGAUCCUCGCAGUACAUGAAGGAGUACCAGGAUUCCUUCCUCUUCAACGAAGCGCAAGGAACUCAGAUGGAAACGUCAUAAUGAAACGGAUUAAGAGAAUUCCUUUUUUUACCGAGUGUAUGUGAAAUUCAAGCUUUUCCCUCCGUGUGAAGUUUGAACCCUUUUGACUGUAAUUCCCCUCUGUUGGUGUUCAUGGUCAUAUUACAGUGUUUGGAUGUUUUUCAUUGUUUCGUGGGACAUGAACUGAGUUGAAAUUUACACAUUAAAUUCUCAUUUUUCACUAAGUUCCUUUCAUCUCCAUUCUUCCUUUUUUUGCCUCUACAUCUUUCUUUGUACUGUAGGUUUUCGGAUUUGUAUGAUUGGGAUUUAAGUUGGGUGGAUGACUCUUUUGAAAAAACAAUUUCCCCAGAAACCAAUUGGAUAAAUUGGCCUCUGACA